GUUUUAGAACAGGGGAUAGGGCUGGCGGCGAGCGGGGCCGAUGGAUUUCGGCAAGCUGACCGCGGCGAGCGAGAGAAUGCCGCGUGAUCUCCUCACCGUGAGCUCGCGGCGCUUCCAAUGCUGUGCGAAUCGUCCACGCCGCUGCGUCAAUCGCAGGUACGUCGCCGCCCAUUCGCAACCGGAGCAAAUCGCGAGUGCGGGCGCUGGGAAUGGAUCUCCAGCACUGACGCUCAAGCUCCAGGAGCAGAAGCAACAGCAGCAGCUGGUUUCCAUGGAUUUCCAGUCGCGCUACGGUGCCACGGAGCCGCGAAAGGGCUGCGAUGUUCUUGUCGAGGCCCUGGAGCGGCAGGGUGUAGAUGUGGUGUUUGCUUACCCCGGUGGCGCGUCCAUGGAGAUUCACCAGGCCUUGACGCGCUCGACUUGCAUUCGCAAUAUCCUCUGCCGACACGAGCAAGGGGAGAUCUUCGCCGCCGAGGGCUACGCCAAGUCGAGUGGCAAAGUCGGUGUUUGCAUCGCUACGUCCGGGCCUGGAGCGACCAACUUGGUCACUGGCUUGGCCGACGCAUUGCUCGACAGCGUUCCUCUCGUGGCGAUCACUGGACAGGUGCCGCGAAGAAUGAUCGGCACUGAUGCGUUUCAAGAGACUCCAAUCGUAGAGGUGACGCGGUCCAUCACCAAGCACAACUAUCUGGUGAUGAACGUGGAGGACAUUCCACGCGUGAUCAAGGAAGCUUUUUUUCUGGCGUCGUCUGGAAGGCCUGGGCCGGUGCUUGUGGACAUUCCCAAAGACAUCCAGCAGCAGUUCUCCAUCCCGGACUGGUCCCAGAAGAUGAAGCUAGAUGCUUACGUGCAAAGGCUGCCACCCCGGGUGUCCGAGCCGUCCCAGCUAGAACAGGUGCUCAGACUCAUCCAGGAGGCGAAGAGGCCAGUGAUUUACUGCGGAGGGGGGUGCAUAGAUUCUAGCGAGGAGGUCAGGGAAUUUGUCGAAGAAACUGGGAUUCCACUCGCCUCUACGUUGAUGGGAUUGGGAGUCUUCCCUCAGUCUGACGAACGCUGCCUUCAGAUGCUGGGCAUGCACGGGACCGUGUAUGCCAAUUACGCGAUCGAUAGCUGCGACUUGCUGCUGGCUUUUGGUGUCCGGUUUGAUGACCGUGUAACCGGGAAGCUCGAGAUGUUUGCGCGAAGGGCGAGCAUUGUUCACGUAGACAUCGACUCGGCCGAGAUUGGGAAAAACAAGCAGCCGCAUAUAUCGAUAUGGUCCGAUGUGAAGCCGGUUCUACGUGGCUUGAACAGGAUGUUGAAGAGCAGGGACAUGAAGCUGGAUUUCUCAGCGUGGAGGGACGAGCUCCAAGAGCAGAAGCAAAAGUUUCCGCUUACGUAUCCGUGUUUUGACAACGACUGCAUCGUUCCGCAGUAUGCUAUACGAACUCUGGCGGAGAUAACGCAAGGCAACGCCAUUAUUUCCACUGGUGUGGGACAGCAUCAGAUGUGGGCUGCGCAGUGGUGUAAACACGAGGAACCUCGUCGAUGGCUGACUUCUGGAGGUCUCGGAGCAAUGGGAUUUGGGCUCCCUGCCGCACUUGGUGCGGCUGCUGCGUCGCCUGGUAUUCCUGUCGUUGACAUCGAUGGGGACGGCAGUUUUAUCAUGAACAUUCAGGAGCUGGCCACAAUCCACGUCGAGAAGCUGCCGGUGAAGAUAAUGGUCUUGAAUAACCAGCACCUGGGGAUGGUUGUACAGUGGGAGGAUCGAUUUUACAAGGCAAACCGAGCUCACACAUACUUGGGCGAUCCCGACGCGGAAGCAGAGAUCUAUCCUGACUUCCGUGCCUUCUGCUCGAGUAACAAGGAAAUCGGACCUCAAGGAAGCAAUCUUGACGAUGCUUCAAACGCCCGGCCCUUAUCUCCUGGACGUGAUUGUUCCUCAUCAGGAGCAUGUAUUGCCGAUGAUACCGGGUGGUGCGUCAUUCAAAGAUAUCAUCACCGAAGGCGAUGGAAGAAUAAAGUACGAGUAAGUGAGGAAAAGUGGUGUUGUAGAGGUGAUGCAGGAAUAUACGGCCCGACGUUUGUACCUAACUAUCUCGCUCCACGUGUUAGAGAGACCGGCUGCAGCCGGUUGCAAGAAACCGACGCGCCCUCCAAGCCAUUGUGAGAUUUCUGAUGAUGUUGACGAGUUAGCUCUG